AUGGGUGCAAGAAAUGCUAGAAAUGCAGAUGCCCAAGAAGCAGUAGAAGUUGUUGCAAAUGAAAAUGUUUGUAAUGCUGCAGAAGAUGUCUCGUUUGAAAAGGAAGUGAGAAAAUUUAUUGAUGGAGUCAACCAAAAUAAUAAAUUGGACGAGUCUCCUGGUUCCAGAGUAAGCAUUGAGGUCCAGGAGAAGCUGAGUCGUGCCUUUGGAUUGAUGUUUGGAAAGAGGAAACUAAAUGUUGAAUCAAAGGAGGAGAGGUUGAGGUCAGACCUAGAGAAGACAGACAAGAUGCUUGAAGAGAGAGGGUUAAUGUUGGAGAAGAUGACGAAGGAAAUUGAUAAGAAAGUCGAGACUCAGAAGGCACUCCAAACGGAAGCCGACAUGCUGUUUCGAUUCAGAUUAUUAUGCAAGAGAAUCCGGCCAUUGAGAGAGACGGAACAACAAAAUAUGAAGAAAGAGGAAAGUGGGGAUGAAAUGGAAGAAAAAUUCUCCGGGCUAAAGACCACUUAUUUGCAAAUGAGAAAAUCCAUGGGAUGAAAUGGAAUGCAGAUUAAAUCUCUCAAAUGUAAACAAUUUCCCUUCAUUGUUUCUUUUCUAUAAAUUGUGGUGCUUUUCUCCAGCAUACUUUAUUUUUGAUCCCUCGUCGACCAUUACUAGAAGUCACAACCCACAAAAUGAUACAAAACUUCAAAAAAAUUCUUCAAAUUACACGGUGUAAC